GUUCAAGUGCGCGCCACUUGUAGCUGUCAAAUUUCCGACGGCCAGGAAGGCACCACCGCAGAGCGCAGCUGACGCAGAGAAACAGUCAGUCAGUCGCCUGUUACUCUAACUAGUUAACCGGACAGAUCACUGCAAGUGAUUGGUUACAAACUGGUCUUAUCCAGACUCUCUGCUCGUUCAUGCAACUCUCUUAUCCAAACCGAACCGUGUUUUUAAAUGUCCCCGUUUUAUUCGUGACUUUGAAACAAUGCAGCUAACUGCUGUUGAGUCGAGCCUUUGAGAUGGAGAAAACCUCAGCAGAAGAUGACUGCGUGGAUUCAGGAGCCGAGACUGGAGGCCAUUAGACAAAGAUGUGCUUCAGUUUCUACCUCGGUCUGAUUACAGUCCCUUGUCCUCAACCAGCAUAUGUGGAGGUGAGUUAUCCAUGGGCGAGCUCCAGGAUCCCUUCCUCGUAAGCAUCCACCUCAUUGCUGACCCAGGCCAGGGCAAGUCCCUGCAGCGUGCUGCUGAUGGCGUCCUGGCGUGGGUCCACCCUGAGCUGCAGCUCUUCCGAGUCUCAGAGCGGGCGUCCGUCUCCAGGGCCAAGCACCAUCAGAACGGCAGCUUGGUCGCAGCCUGCCAGCCAGCGCUGGCGGUCAUCAUCUUCCUCCAGGAGGCGUACGGCGGGGAAGAGCAGUUACUGAUGUUGCACCACACUCUGCAGAGACCGCCUUGGCGCUACCACCACACUGAGAAGGUCAGCAAUGGCCGACGGAUGUUACCACUGACACCAUGCAGUCAGGACUUCUUCACGCUGUCUCCUGGCACACCGCUGUGGGCCGUGCGGCAGGUCCAUUACGGGAAGGAAAUUGUGCGAUUUACUGUUUAUUGCCGGCAUGAAAACUAUGUCGACAUGGUGCGGCUUUACAAGCUGCUGUUGCAGCGCAGGGUGGCACAGAAGAAGGAGGACUUUUGCUUCUUUGUGGUGUACUCCAACCCGGAUAUGGAGAUCCAGCUGUCAUUUAAGAGGCUCCCGCGAGGUCAGAGUCCGGUGGUGCUGGAGUCAGCGGUGGUGGAGGUGAGGGUACGAGAUGUCGGGACGCUGGUGCCACUGCUGCCGCACACCUGCAGCCCAAUCAGUGAGGUCCGCUGGCAGACUGAGGACUACGAUGGGAACAAGAUCCUGCUGCAGGUCCAAGGUGCACACUUUCAACACCACCAGGAUCCCUGCUACAUAUCAUCCUCUCUCCCUCACUCCGCCUCGGCUCCAUCCACCUUCACACGAAGCUCUGCCUCCUACAGAAACCGCCGGCACCACCAUCGGGCCACAUCCCGGUCCAAAGCCCACCAGACCUCCAACAGCUCCCACCAUGUGGCCUGCGAGGAGCUGGACGAGCAGGACCAAUGGGCCGACCAGCACCAUCCGGACACCUGGAGGCCCCCGUGGAGGGGCCACCGGUCUGGCUCCCUCUUCUCUCUACCCAACCUGGGCUCAGGCAGCUCCCGCUCCACCUGCUCCUCCCCAGGACCCUCUCCAAGCCCCCAUCACAGGAGCCACUCCCUCAACCGGAGAUCCUCCCUCAUCCCACCCUUCCGGCUCAACUUGGACGCUCUGGUUGGAGCGGAGGAGACAGACGUGGACACGGGGGACAAAGUAAACCCAGACAGCAGUGUGGACCUCACAGUGGUGUCUGCGUACAUCAAACCCAGCCUGUCACAGACUUCUCGGCCAUUAUCAGCACCACCAGAGGACAUCGGCCCAUCCCUGUCUCCUGGCGUCCCGGAGAACGCCCACAGGGCUGCCACUCUGGGCCGCAUUCCAAACAGCUUCACCACCAACAGCACUCCCUCCACCUUGUUUGGGUCACGCAGUCACAGCACCGGUGUAAACACAAGUGCUGCUCCCUCCCUCAGCGACGUUUCCAUAAACCAGUCUGACAGCUGCAGCAUUAUUAGUGCACGAGUUCACCAGACGGACAAGGUGGAAGAAGAAGAAGAGCAAGAAUUCUACAUCUGACCUGUAAGCUAUAUUUCUGUCAGCUGAGAGGACUCACUCUGGCCAGUAAAGACAGUCAACACAGCUCUAGUCUGCCCUCCGGUGGUUCAUAGUACAACUAAAAUCUCAUUUUGAACUGAAGCAAAGCACAAACUGUUAGAUGUAUUUGUGAAUGUUGCUUUUGUUGCAUGUAGAGUGAAGUUUUGUAAAUGCCAGGUUAUGUAAAGUAAAAUAACACAUUUAAAGGACCAACUGCAUAUCUGUAUACAGUUCUUCAAUAAAUGUUUUUCUUCAUCAUAUUUAUUUCCCACUACCACUUUGAAGUAGCUUCAUUCUCUAUUUUUUUCACUUUAAAAUGUUUAUUUGAACAGCUUCUGAAGAAUUUAUUAAACCAUAUUUAUAUAUGAAAAAUAACUCAAACAGGUUAAAGUCUGAAGCUCCCACAUAGAUAAGUUAGUGAAAUGACAGUAAACAAGCAAUUUCAUAUGUCAUGCAGAAUUGUGUAAGGUUUUGUAGUAAAACACAAAAAUGGCUUAUAAAGUUUAAACUCACUGAAAGUAUUUAGCUAAACAUGCAAAUAGGUCAUU